CAGGGGGCCGCGCGCAGGGGGGCCGGGGUAGACGAGCGGGAGCGGUGGCUGCGGGAGCUGUGGCGGCCGCGCGCCCCGGACGGGCCCGCAGGGUUACUCGGGUAGCACGUGGAUCCAGACUGACAGUUCUGCCAAUUAUUUCUAGUUGGAAGAAAAAGUGAAAUCGGCUCAAAAUGAGUGCGAUGUUGGAGAGCUCCGAGCUGCCGGCGGUGUUUGACGGGGUGAAGCUCGCUGCCGUUGCUGCAGUUCUUUAUGUUAUUGUUCGCUGCUUGAAUUUAAAAAGCCCAACUGCCCCUCCUGAACUCAUCUACCAGGACUCUGCUUUGGCUCGCUUUCUACUCAAAUCCUGCCCACUCCUGACCAAAGAGUAUGUUCCACCCCUGAUCUGGGGAAAGAGUGGACAUAUCCAGACUGCUCUUUAUGGAAAGAUGGGGAGAGUGAGAUCACCACAUCCGCACGGACUUCGCAAGUACCUCACGAUGCCAGAUGGAGCAACAGCCACCUUUGAUCUCUUUGAGCCGCUGUCUGAGCACUGCAUUGGAGAGGAUGUCACGAUGGUGAUCUGCCCCGGGAUUGCUAACCACAGUGAAAAGCAGUACAUCCGCACUUUUGUUGACUACGCGCAGAAAAAUGGGUACAGAUGUGCGGUCCUGAAUCACUUGGGAGCCUUGCCAAACAUUGAGCUCACUUCUCCACGGAUGUUCACCUAUGGUUGCACCUGGGAAUUUGGUGCCAUGGUUAAUUACAUCAAGAAGACCUACCCUCAGACCCAGCUGGUGGUUGUGGGCUUCAGCCUGGGUGGAAACAUCGUGUGCAAAUACCUGGGGGAGAGCCAGGCCAACCAGGAGCGAGUCCUGUGCUGUGUCAGCGUGUGCCAGGGGUACAGCGCAUUGAGGGCACAGGAAACCUUCAUGCAGUGGGAUCAAUGUAGAAGAUUUUAUAACUUCCUCAUGGCAGACAACAUGAAGAAGAUCAUCCUUUCUCACAGGCAAGUUCUUUUUGGAGAUAACGUGAAGAAGCCACAAAGCCUGUCAGAUGCUGAUCUGAGCAGACUCUACACAGCAACAUCCCUUAUGCAGAUUGAUGAUAAUGUUAUGAGGAAGUUCCAUGGCUACAGUUCCCUGAAGGAAUACUAUGAAGAAGAAAGUUGCCUGCAUUACUUGCACAGGAUCUACGUUCCUCUUCUGUUGGUUAAUGCUGCUGAUGACCCUCUUGUGCAUGAGAGUCUUCUAUCAAUUCCAAGAGCUCUUUCAGAGAAAAGGGAAAAUGUCAUGCAUGUGCUACCCCUUCAUGGAGGCCACCUGGGAUUUUUUGAGGGGUCUGUACUAUUCCCAGAACCUCUUACCUGGAUGGAUAAGCUUGUGGUACAGUAUGCCAAUGCCAUCUGCCAGUGGGAGAAGACAAAGUCUCAGUGCUCGGACACAGAGCAGGCUGUAUCUGGCCAGGAGUAAUUGACCCAAAGACUCUGGAUUGCUUCAGCAUAUUUCCCCCUUUGGGAACAUCUUGUUCCCUCACCUGCUGCUUCAGGUUUCCAUUUUCCUUGAUAUAUCCUAUGGCUGGGGGUUGAUCACAGUGUUUUCUUCUGAAGUGAGGUGAAAGCAGAGGUUAAUAUCUGGUCAGAGCAUCUUUGCAUAUGUAGUCAAUUGGGUCUGUCAUUUACUGCUCUGCCUGAAGGAUUAGGUUGCUGACUGACUUGUUACAGGGUUAUUGAGCUAAAGAUUGCUUGCUUUAAUAUUGCAGAAGUUUCAAAUGUCAAAAUCUCUUCACCUGCUGGUCUUUAAGUGUAGAUGACAGGGUAACUAUGACUGUUCUCUGUCCCAGUGCUGGAAAAACCCUGUAACAAGCCCCAAUCCAGUGAGUGGUUUAGUCUCCAAGCCAUUGAAAUGCAGCUUGGAAAAAGGUGCUUGACUGCAAGUGGAGUUCCAGCAUUGCCCCAUCUCAAGGGAAGUUCCUAGGAAUGCACUUACACCAGUGAAUCAUUUUUUAAAUACUUUUCCAUGCUUCAGCAUGUGUGAACUGGGGUGUCUUUAUGCUAGGACUCCACACAGAGAAAAGCUGCAGGCUAGUAACAUCAGUGAAUGUUUCUGUGUAAACAUGUUCUCACACCAAGACCGGAUCAGUCACCUUAUCAUCUUUGCCUCUUUUUAAAUGUAGUCAUACUUUUAGUACUCGACUUUUUUUGUUUGACCCAGGGCUCUUUAAAGCUGGCUCUGGCUUCCAAGUGGGAAACAGUGACUAAGAAUCUGUGAGAUCUUUGUGAGCUCAAUCUGUUUUUAAGAAUAUUUCAUAGGGAAUUAUGUACUGUGUUAGGGACUGAUUUGUUGGGAGGAAAGUAUUUAUUUAGAUUUACUCCCCUUAUGUCAAGGCAAAUAAUACCAAAAUUCUUCCCCUUGGCUUUCAAAGCAUCAGAUGGUUUUCAGACACAUGACUUUCCUUACAGCUGAUGGGGAGCUGGAUGUGCUGUGCAGCUAGAAUAUCUUUGCAUGGCUAACUAUUUCCAUGUCUAUGUGAAGGCUGUAGGAUGACUGGCUCCAGUAAGACACUGGGUUCUUCCUCACUUGAAUUCCUUCUCAACACUCAGACAUUCUCUUCUAGUUUUAAUAUGUGAAGUGUGAAAGCUGUUUGCAGGAAAGAUGCCUGUUCACUUGUGCUUUUCCCUCAAGUGGCUGUUAUGGUCUGUGCCAAGAUGGUUAUUAAAGACUUUAGUCUGUCCCCUGGAAGGAAAGCUGUCCCAUGACAAUCUGUAGACUGCAACUUUGUGGUCAAAAAAUCUUUUCUUUUUUAAAAUUUUUCUGUCAGUAUUGUAGUCUCAUCCAUCCUUAGGACUUCUUUGUCACGGUGUCAGUGAAGUUCUUUUCCUGUCACACUUCCCACAUCAAUUGGCACUUUAUUGCUUCAGCCUUGGUCUGUGUUCCAGGCACUUUAGUUCAUAGCUUAAGGGUGAAACAAGCUGCAAGUCUUCAGUCUGGUAAAAUAGGGAACAAGCCUUCUGAACUGCCCUGUCCUUGAGCUUCAGUGGGUUGGAGAAGUGGGAUUUUGUUUUGAUAAAGCAAUAAUUAGCUAUUGUAGCAAAGGUUUGUUAUCAUAUCAGGAAAUUCUUUUUAUUUGCCUUAGGCCAGACACCUUGGCCUGUUACAAUGAACUGUGGAUAUCUGCACAUUCUCCUUGGUAGUAAAUUUAGGUUUCCCUUUUUCUUCAAAGAAAAGAUGUGACCAAGUAAAGCUAUAGAAAGACUUGGCCAUGCUUGUGGCUGUUCCAUAAGAACUAUUUUUGGGCAUCAGUAAGCAAGGAUAUUCUUAGCUGGUGGGUAUCUUGUCUCUGUGUUGUUAUCCUCUUAUUCAUACUGCAUCUGUAUAUCACUAAAAUCUGUCAUAAAAAGCAUUUCAGAUUUUUGCUUAAGUAGCUGUUCAUGUAAUAUUCAUUGGGUAUGACUUAAAUGUCUUCUCACUUCAACAGAAGUGGAAUGUAAACAACACUUGUACACAUCAAAUAGAUACAGUAUAAAUUUAGAUGUGAUAGAGGUUAUGGUUUUUAUCUCCAGUGGGUUACAACUUUAGAAAUGUUUCAGCUUUCCUAGUAUAUUACAGCUGUGGCUUACACAGGGCAUAGACUGUCUUGAGGAAACAAAACUGCCCUUCUUGCACUACUUUUGUCCUUCAGUCCAGCUUUACUGUGCUGUGAUGACUAUCAACUUCAGACAGCUCUAGAGGAAGAAAAAUUGGCCUUGAUAUUAAUACCUCUUUUGAGGUGAAGAGACCAUCAGAUGACCCAACAUGUGGAAACCUAUGAAAGAAAAGUCAGUGUGCAUCUGACCUCCUUUGAGAGCAAAAUAUUCGCCUUCCUCAAGAGCCUUAUCAAAAGCAAGAGUGCUCUGCCCAGCUCCCCAAGUGGCUGAAGCUCUGCCUUCCUUCCCAGGACCCCGCUCUGGUGGAACAGAUCAAUUGUUGACUGACUCAGAACAUGAAAGUUGGGAGGGUGACAACUGACUUGGAUACUAUCUGAGAAGGUUAGUGCUGAGGCAAAGCAAGUGUUUUGCCUCUGCUUUUUGGCCAGGUCAUGCCAGUUCUUCUGAAAGCAGAGCUUUGUCGUGGGAAGCUUUUUCUUGGAAGAAAAAUUCCUCCCAUUUUGUAAAGAUCAUGCUUGACAGACCAGGCCUUCAAAUGUGUUUUUGUGUUUGAGGUAUGAGGAAGCUUACCUUCUUGUCAAAUGUACCUUUGUUUCUACAGCAGAUGGCCAGUGAAUCAAUGACCUGUUUUUAAGCAAGUCUCCUGAAAUGAGGUGAGCAACUGGGCAAUUCUCAAAGCAGCAGGAGUUGUAGCUUUGUCUAAUCAAAUAGGGAUUUUUCUUUAAAGCUGGAGGGUCAUUUUUAAGAAUACUCUUUCCUGCCCUCCAGCCUAAGCUUUUGUACUUCAGAGGUGUGAAUGCUGUGGGCUUUCUGAAAUUCUCAACAAAAGUAAUAGGGGUCUGUUGCUCCUUUGACCUGUUUUUGCACUUACAUCUACAGCUGUUCAAACCACUUGUGACUUGACUAAUUCUGGCCUUCUUUGGGGAAGAAUAGCUUUUGUCACAGCUUGUUUGUUCAAGGUUUCUGGAGCCAGAGGUUCAGCUUACUAAGCAAUGGAGGGGGGGGAAACCCCAAACCCUGUUCUAUCCACCUCACCCAAUUUGCUGCUGCUUUCAAAGCAAGACGUGUGUCAGACGUAGCAGUAACUUCGAGAUCUUUGGAAAGUGAGAAAGGAGAAGGUUAAGCUGCAGCACAUGUUAUCUAAAGAACUUCAAAGAAAGGACUCAUGUAUUAAAUCUUGUUGACAGUGACUGACAACAAAUACCGAAUGCCAGUACCUCCAAGAAGCAUGGGGAUUUGGACAAUCCUAAUCUGGAAUAGUCUUCUCUCCCAAAAUAAGGCAAUACUAUUCUUGUGGUGUGGGCAAGUUUUCUUCAUUCGUCCAGUGAACUCAACCUUAAAUGCAGGCUGAGUUUUGAAGUGUUGGAGGUGAAGCAGUCUCUUUCAUCUCUUGUCAAGGCACACAAGGCUGUUGAAGUGUGCACUUUUAAGUCAUGACAGUGUAGUCUGAUAGUGCAGUUCAAGAUUACAGUAUGAAGAAUCUGUCAUGUGUUCUGUUUAGUUUCAAACCUGGAAUUGGAAGAGCAUUAGCAGGGUUCUUCCACAGCUAGUCUCAUGUGGUAUACACACCUCUUUCCCACCACUGGAUGGAAAUAGCUCUUGAACAUAAACCCUAAGGACUCUCUCAAGCAGACAGCAAGUGUAGAACUAUUAGUCUUUGAUGGUUAGGCUGGUCCAGCCAUCGUGUUUGUCAAUGUCUGGGGAGAUCUGAAGGUUGUAUGUGAGUAGCUGGGACUUGCUCUUCCUGAACACAAGGAACUUGUACCUUCCACUACAUCAGAUCUACUGGCAUCCUUAGCAGUCCCUCGGUUACCUUCUAAAUCGAGGGUGUUUGCAGAUGGAUGUGGCUUGUGUCAUUGUUGCACUGUAAGGACAGACACUUGAACUUCCCUGUGGUCUCUUUCCAAAGUGUUUUUCUGCAGUUCCUGCUCAUGAAGAUACAGAUUACAAAGGAAGGGCAUUAAGCAAAGAUGUUGGGAACUAUUAACUUCAGUACUGAAUUUAGCCAAGAUACCUGUGUGUCAUCUGUCUUGGGUCUGUCAUGAGUUCCUAGACCACAGCCCUUUGACAUGUGGUGCCUUGCCCCUUUUUCUCCUCCUUCCUUGACAUCAGCAUAUCUAGAGACUUCAGUAUCAGCUCUGUCAGAGCUUUGGGGGCUUUGACUUCUAGUAAAUGAAUUUUCAGACAGUGUGUAGUGAGACAUCUCUGUACAAGUGUGGGAUGUCUUGUAGACUGCUCACAAAGGUCCUUUAACUAGCUACCAUAUAUUUCAAGGCUCAAAAAAAACAAGGCUAAGCAGUGGAGCAUUUUCAGUGCUCUGCUCCUCUAGCAGUAGGGAUUGAUUCAUAGAAGGAGGAUUUGCUUGGUUUAAUAUGGGAUUUGUUCCCUUGCAAUCUCAAAGUUCUCAUGUCUGCUGACUCUCCAGCAGUGUAGGAGGUAGAUUUGCAAAGUGACUACAUCUCAAAAAAAAAGAGCAGAGAUUGGUGACUUCAGGCUUUAAUUCCCAAACACUUUAGUCACCUGGAUUGCUUCCAAGUUUUUUCUAGAACUGUUCUGCCUAUAUGGAGCUUGUUGAAAUUCUUCCCAGCCUUUUUCCAGAAGAUCAGAAAAGACCCUAGGCUUGUGCUGCAUGUAUCAGCCAUUUCUUGUGAAGAGCAUCUUGUUUCUGCCUUGAGUCGUGCUCCAUGUGUCCUUACUCCCUAGGUGGAUCUGUGGUUGGGUAGGCUCUGGAGCUGCAAUGACUCAGAGCAAUGUCUCCUUUGUGGCUUCUUGAUGGGAGUUUUGUCCAAGUUUAGAAUGCUUUCAGAGCCACACCAGCCUAAGGAAGGGGAUUUCUUGUAAGUGUACCCCUUUUAUCCCUGGGAGUGUCAGUUACAGUGGCCUGGACUUUCUCAGCUGUUGGGGGAGCUGAGGCAUAAGUGCCCUCUAAGUCAAAGCAGGUGCCAGCUUUCUAUGUUGUGGUGGAAAAGUUUCCUGAACUGUUGCAUUCUGAACAUCUGUAUUCUUGGUUUUGCUAGUUAAUCAAUGGACCCAGACACCCACAAUCAGGGCAGCAUUUAUCAGCUUGGCUGUUAGACUUGAAAAGGGUUGUUCAAUACCAUCUGAUAACACUCUCCUAAAGCUCUAGCCCUAUACAUCACUUGUGGGUAAAGGCUUUUCUUUCCUUCUUACCCAGUAACCUUGCCUAACCUAGGUAUUGUUAAUGCCAGUAAGGAGCCUGAUCCCAUGUAGGUGUCUCUUCACUUCUUUCUGGAAGACAGACAUGCCUUUGUUUAUCUCUGGCCAUGUACGAGCUUUGAAUUAGAUACAGAACUUUCUUCUAAGAUCUCUGUUAUAGCUCUAAUGGGAUGUUGACCCUUUUCAUGGCUCCUGACAAUGGGGAAGUCUUGGGGAAAAAAGUGCAAACAAACUCUUCUUGUAUUUUCUACAAGCAAACCCUACUGCAUAGCCCAAAGGAGCAUGUUCUCUGGUUGUCUUACUUGACAGCUUGACUGUAAUUCCCAGUGAUGGAUCACUAGAUAUUCUUCUUGAGAGAGCAUAAGCUCUUUCUCUGAAAACCCCAAGCUGAAGAGGUUUGUGGAGAGCUCGGGAGGAACAGACCUGUGCCCUUUUUGUUUUGCCCAUGCAACUGUGUUAGAACAGGCUCAAUGACUCCUGAUGUUCUUGGUGAGCAGUUUACUACAAAAAUAUUUUCAACCUGGCAAAAUUAUACUCUAGAAGCAUCUCUAAAUGCUGCCCUGAAAAAAGCUUGUAUUGAGACACCCUUCCUGCUGCCAUGUUCUGAGUCAGAUUCUCUGGAGCUAGCAGCUGCAGGGGAGAUGAUUUGCAACUAGCAAUGCAAUUUUCUAUAUCUGCUGAUGUUUACCUUUAAAAUGAUAUAUAAAUAUAUAUAAAACAAUGUAUUUGAUUUUUUUCUUCCAUUUUUGUUCUUCUGUGUGGUGUAAAUUGAAGGUCAUUGCAAAACAAAAUGUAAUUUUGUUAUCUUUGAUUCAGUGGGAUUUCUUUAUUUAAAAAUAAAGGACUUAUUGAAGUGCUUUAUUGAAGUGA